AUGUCGUUUGAGUUUUUAAGCUCUUACUGGACGUAUCUCCUAGCCUUCAUAUCUCUGUCGAGUAGUCUAGUGGUUGCGCUAUUCACAUUGUCUCAACACUUGCUACAUUACACAUCUCACAGAUUACAGAGAUAUGUUGUUCGCAUACUCAUCUUCUUUCCUAUACAUGGUGUCAUAACGUUCAUGAUGCUCUGUGCCCCUGGGAUAUCAGACGUUCUGGAAAUGCUCCGUAACAUAUGGGAAGGGCUCUUGAUUCACUCGUUUUUGUGUCUCAUGAUGGAGUACUGCGGAGGAGAAAAUGCCUGCGGAGAGAGAAUAGCCAAUGAUCCAGCGGUCAUUCGUCAUUUGUGGCCACUGCACCAUAUCAAGUUCUUCUCGUUAAACGAAGAUAUACCCCUCAACGUUGGAUUUGUAAAGAAGUGCAGAAUGGGAACCAUGCAAUACGCAAUGGUCCGUUUCGCCCUGGCGGUGCUUGUUGUCUUGCUGCAUCUGUUUGGGUAUGCGUUCAACAGGAUGUGGUCCUUUGUCUUCUCGUUUGUGUUGAACCUUAGUGUCUACUCUGCUCUCUACUUUUUGGGGCUCUUCUACUUGGCAAUUAGAACUCACCCAGGUCUUGCCAAAGCGAAUUCUGUAUCAAAGUUUUUCUCUCUAAAGCUCUGCUUUGCCUUCUCCUUCUAUCAGGACUUUCUCAUUGACAUUUUAUUUAAUCUUCCACAGGACGUUUCCCUGAGGUUAAAGGCGUUUUUGAUUCUGAUGGAGGCAUCCAUCAUUGUCUAUAGCCAGAGGAAGGCGUAUUGUAUUUCAGAGUUUUAUACUGGCGCUCUUCCCACUACAGAGACUCCAGAGGUUUCCAAAGGGGUCUUGGAUAUCGCAAAAGAUGAUUUUAAAACACUAUGUACGCAUGACGGACAAAUGACUAUGCUCGAAAGCGCAAAGCGGGCUUUAGACAUUUCUGACUUGUUCCAGGAUACAUACUACAAUAUCAGUGACAAGUACCGACAGCAUACGCUGUUUACGGAAUCUACAGAGGCAUCAUCGACUGCCAGAGAAUUGGAAGACAUUGCUACUGAGGUGGAUAGCAAGAUGGAAGAUUUUGCGGAUUUUGCCCAGGUGAAUUCCAUGUUGGAUACCAAGGGUAAGGAACUGUCCAAGUUGCAGUUUAUUUAA